ACUUUUUGUUAUUCUCUUAUCUUCUCUUCUCUUCAACUGAGUUCAACUACGGCGCGUUAAGCUGUGCCGCCACCACUCUUCCCACUCAGCGUUUCGUUCAGUUUCAGCUACAGCAUCAGCAUGAUUAAGGGAGGCCAAAACUACGUGUCGUCGCCACCGGCGUUCUCGAACGACGGCAAUCGUGUCCUCGUUUGCACCGGCAACACCGUCUCCAUCUUCAGCAGCUCCACCGGCUUGCAGGUUUCUUCCUUGGAAGGUCACACUGCUCCUGUUACCUCCGUGGUCGUGGUGCCCGCUACUGACAUCUUGUGCUACUGUUGGACCUCUUCUUUUGAUGGCACCGUUCGUUAUUGGGACUUCUCUGUUCCCGAAACGGUUAAGAAACUCGAUUUGGGCAUGCCUAUUUUCUCCAUGGUGAUACCUUCAUUUUUGGGCUCUCCAGAAGAAAACAAUGCAAAGACGGCCAAUGUUUUUGCCUAUGUGUCUGUUCAUGACGGAAAAGCUUGGCAGAUCAGGAAGUGCAGUUUAACAAACUAUCGGAAGGUUGGCAAACUUGUCUUGAAAGAGACAGAACGACCAGAACCGUUGAUCAUUAGUCCCUCAGGAAAAUUUUUGGGUAUAAAACACAAGCGCAAGCUUCAUAUUUGGAAACUUCCUAGAGUGGAGUCUGAUGUUGCUGUGGCAAAGAAGAUUACCCUCCACCAUACAAAAACCAUUACAGUUCUUGCAUUCCAUCCAACAGAGAGAACUGUGGCUGCUGGUGAUGUAACUGGAAGAAUGUUGAUUUGGAGAGGAUUCGGUACUCAAAAGUUUCUGGAUCACAGUGGAUCAAAUAACAGAAUAUCAAUGAAUGAUGGGGAAGAUAAGCAUGGGGUAAGGCAAAAUGACGAUGCUGAAUCAUGCUCAGUGUGGCAUUGGCACUCUGCUGGAGUUUGUCUUCUAUCUUUCUCUCCUGACGGAGCCUAUUUGUAUUCAGGGGGGACGGAAGGAGUUCUGGUACUUUGGCAGUUGGACUCUGGAAAGAAGAAAUUUUUACCGAGAAUUGGAUCCCCGCUUUUGUACUUCAUUGAAUCUCCAGAUCCUUCGCUUUCCCUGAUAUCUUGUGCAGAUAACCAAAUUCAUAUGCUGAAGACCCCUUCAAUGGAAAUAAUCAAAUCCAUCUCAGGCAUCAAGCCCCCUUUAUCUUAUCAAGAAAUAUGCGAGAGUUUUUCUGGCAAAGCUGCUUUUGACUGCACUUCUGGUUUAGUGGCUGUACAGACAGAGAACUAUGGCAUACAAUUCUACAGCUUGCUUGCUAAUCGUGGAGUUUAUGAGGUUCAAGUCUGUGAAAGAAACCACCAACCCGCUGAUGAGGUCACGGUGGCAGUGACUUUGGUGGAGCUGUCGGUUGAUGGUUCUAUUAUGGGUACUGUUGAAAUUAAGCUUCCUGAAGAAGGAGUAGGAGGUCUUGUAUCUUUGAAAUUUUGGGAUUUGGAUUCAGAUACCAAAAGAUUUUCAGUAUCCACUGUUAUUUAUGAACCUCACAGGGAUGCUCAUAUAUCUGCUAUUGCUUUUCAUCCAACCCAUCGUAUGGCUGUGAGUUCAUCUUACGGUGGAGAUUUCAAGAUAUGGGUCUGCAAGGAAGGAGAUAUUCAGCAGAAAGGCCAGGCACUUCAGAAUUCUGGUUGGAUGUGCCAUGCUGUUGGAUCAUACAAGAAUAAAGCAAUGAGGGCUGCUACCUUUUCAGCCGAUGGUUCUGUUCUGGCUGUUGCAGCAGACACUGUUAUUACUUUGUGGGACCCUGAUAAGAAUGUGCUUAUGGCUGUUGUAGGGGAGACCCCAACGCCAAUUGUCAGCCUUGCCUUUGCUGGAAAGUCUGAGUAUCUCUUGUCUGUUUCGCAUGGUUUAAAACCACGACUGUCUGUUUGGAGUAUGUCAAAGUUAGCUAUGGCGUGGUCAUACCGGCUUCAAAUAGAAGCUGUUUCCCCGGCAAUAGAUUCAUCGUAUUUUGCUAUCCUUGCUCUCCUUCCCGAAUCAAAUGAGCGUGCAUUUAAAGGCAAUGGAAUAAUCUUAUUGUUCAAUGCAACAGAUCCCGUUCCCGUGGCUUCCAUGUCUGUAACGAAGGCUAAGGGAGGGGGACUUGCCUUUUUGAAAGGCGAUCUGUCUGAACGGGCAGUUAUUGAUGGAAAAACGUCGCAGACACUGCUUGUAUAUAUAAACGGAGAUCGUGAAUAUGUCAUCUUUGAUCCGUAUGACAAAGAAGGUCACGAACUUAGCAUAAUUAGGCAGGAUGUUCCACUUGAAGAAACAGGACAAUUUGGAUAUUCUUCCAUUUAUGGAGAGUUACCCAAGUUUGAUUUGCAAAAGGACAAGACCGCGUCAGUUAUAUCUACGGCAUCAGAGCGGCCUUGGGAAACCAUAUUUACUGGUUCAACACACAUGUUGCCACCCCUCACAAAACUGUGUUCAGUGUUUUUGGAGUCUCUGCUGGAGAAAAGAACAGCUCUUGCAGAAUGACACGCUGCAUGCUUACGUGGAAUCGUGUUCGAGGAAUGAUAUAUAUUUUUAUUUUGAUGCUAGUUCCUAGCAGCAGAGCUCAAGGGUAUUAACUUUUUAAGGAUUGAGUGUAAAGUUGAGGCUGCCGUGUGUUCCAUAUGAUUGUCCUAAAUAUUACCUACUUACAGCUGCAAGUUUGGUCACCAUGGUCGGCAUUCGCAAUUUUGAAUUUUCACAUGAUUUGUUUUCUACU